AUGACCGCCGACAAGAUGCCGCUCAUGCUCGACGACUCGAUGAACGUCGAGCUCAACACCGUCGACGACCUCUUUGGAGAUGAUGUUGCGCUGUCGCUGCCCGUAAGGAGCCAAGGCCGACACCUGCAUCAGCGGCUCGACGAGCUUCGGAGUCGAGGAUGCUGCCAAUCCGUCGCGUGGUCGAGGACUGGCACCAUAGCGACCCUGACACCUGACGGCCAGACGCUGCAGCUGCGCUUCCUCCGGUGUAAUCCGAGCAAUGGCUCCUGGGAUCUCAGCGAGCCGACCACGUGCGACCUCGUCAAGGGGUCGCCUACCGUCCCGCUCGUCCACCUGGAAUGGGGUGCUACCAGCAGCCCCGACCUGGCCGUCGUCGAUGCCGUCGGCAGGGUCGCCAUCGUCAGCUUCCCCAUUGCACUCAACCACCCUUUCAUCACCCGUAAGUGGGAUGCCGACACGGUCGACGAUGGCCAUGCCCUCGUGGGUAGCCAUUGGCUGGCCGUGGCGCCGACGAACCAGCAGAAACCGUACAACGUCAUGUACGGCCCGGCAAACAAGCAGGGCCACUCGUAUCACUACGAAAGCUGCUUUUUGCACGCCAACGGCCCCAGCCAUCCCCACUCCUCCAAGAGCGCGUUGCUUUGCGUCACAAUCGGCGGCAUGCUCAAGAUGUAUUGGUCCCAGAACAACAACAGGACUGAAGAGACCAUCAUGGAGCUCGAGAGCGUCAAUUCGUCCGAUGAACUCGUGACUCAUGCAGCGUUUGCCUCAGAGAAAAAGUUUCUCUUUGUGGCGCUCGCAACGUCGUCCUCGAGAUUGAAGCUCCUCAAAUUGGAGAUUCAGUGGGGAGGCCCGGGCAGCUCAUCAGACAAGCCCAUGCCGUCCACGGCUCGCUUGAAUCCGGCCCUGGUCGAGACGCACCUAUCCUCCGCCAGCUGGCUGCACGGCAGCGCCAAUGACGCGAACAACGAUGCGACGAUGGCGCAGCUGUCACAUAUCCAAGUCCUGCCGUCACUCUUGGACAGCGCUGGCAAGAACACGAUUCCACCUGUCAUUAUCACCGUCAGAUCGCGCGCUUCCGCCGACGGAUCGUAUGGAACGGCGCAGAGCAUCAUUGACCGCUGGGAGGUUGUUGAGCAGCGCCAGAAUCUACAUUCAGCCUUUGAGCAGCUUGGCGGCCGCAGAAACAGCGUCUCCUCGGACAUUCCCUCGUCGACAAAACUCAAGAAGCUCGAUUCCGUUGUUAUCAACAAAGUUGUCAUUGGAUUCCAGGCCAUACAGUUUAACAAGGUUAUGCUCCUGACCAUGUCGGACGGAUCUGUCGAGUUUCGGGAUCGCGUCACGUUCGAGGAGGUGUACGCAGGCGAAGACCUGAAUAAGAUUAUGAAUCUGCGACAGGUCGGGUGGGCCUUCACCGACAACGGUCCUUGUCAACAAGUUGCCUUCUCGCCGACUUACUGCUCCAUGGUGCAGUUGGGCGAUGACGGCAAGGUCAAAUGGAGCAAGCUGCACUACCCAGCUGGAGAUAUUGGCAACUCCAUGCAUGAAGCGCAUUACGCAGCCACCAUAGCGGGCCUGGCCGUCAUGGUGUCCUCAUCCAUGUGGUACAUGAGCAGCUACGAUGACAUGCUCGCCAUCGUGCAGCCAUUUACAUCCAAGAAGAGGUUUACGCAAGACUGGAUCAGCGAAAUCAUUCGCAUUCUUAGACUUCAGGUGGAUUACUCUGAGGAGAUGCAUCACGACUCUCUCAUGAGGAACGCGCCGCUGCAAUCAUGCCUGAGCAUCAUGCACAGUCUUGGCUUCAGAGGCGAGGCACGGCGGCGAUCAUUCCAAAGCAAGUUUGCGACUGUGGAUAUCAACAUUCGGAACGUGGUGAUUCUCAUUACGCUGGCGAGCAACACGCCCAUGAAUGUGAGGGAGAAGAUGAGUCCUCUCGACGAGCACGAGGUCGUUGACGCCCUUACCGGGUGCGCAAGAUGGUCGCUCGAGUUGCUGUCGUGGCUGACGGACUCGCUCUUUGAGCUGAUGAACAACGAGGAAUUUACCUCGAAGCUCGUGCCACAACGAUUCUCCGAGAUAACCGCCUAUCUGCACGAGCGGAACAACGUGGCGCUUCAUUUGCUGUUGAGUUCCUGCAGCCGAAGCUUCCUAUCUGCCUUGUGCCGAAGGAUUGCACACCUCGAGGCGCUGAGCAACAAGAUUAUCGACUUUUAUCGGAAGCAGACCGCCGAGCCAGCGGCAGGGGGUAAGCUUCCCAACCCGCAGCUGCGCAUGGCCUACGAGAAGAUGCACCAGGUCACCACGUCGAGCUUGGUGAGCGCGACGGAAUUCGAAAAGCUGCUCAACGUGCUGGGAUCCGACAUUCGGCAGGCAUAUCAACAGUUCUUGCCGAACCUGGUCAAGCAGGGCGCCAACGCGCCGCAAGGGAAGCAGAUCGACGUGGCCAUCAAGACGACGCAGGUUCAGUUCGAGAUCAGCAUUUUCCUGGGGUCAUCGCCACCACUCCCCUUCCUGCCGGUGAUUAAGAAGCUGUUCAGUAAGGGUCUGCCGGCGCUGCGGGACCAGACGGACCCGGCGCAGCUGUUUUUCGCCGAUUUUGGGCUUCUCGAGAUCCAGGACGAUGACUACAGCCUCGGGGCGAGGCGUGCCAGCGGGACAUACGUGGACCUGUUCAAGCGGGUGGAGCUUCGACAGAGCAGCACAGGUCCGCAGUGGCGACGGUGCGCGCGGUGCGCCUCGGUCAUGGAGGACGUGUUUGGGAGCAAACCCGGGUUCACGUUCGUGCUCAGCCAGCAGCGCAAGUGCUCCUGCGGCGGGCAGUGGGCGCUGCUGCCAAAAGGGAAGCUUUUGCUGUGA